CACCUGCUGUGCAAGUGCAAGGACCCGAGUUCAAUCCCCGGUACCAAAAAACAAACCUAUGCAAUACUAGUUUUGAGAAUUGCCUUGGUGUCCAGUGUAAGGUACACAGAGUAGGUUUAAAUUAUUGAUUGUGCAAAAUGGAAACAUCAAAGAUAAUCAAAACCAUAGGUAACACAUUAGGUGGGCAAACCUUGUGCCAUCUAUGAAACCAAAUGAGAAUUUGAAGCUAAAUAAAACAUAAUAAUACCAAACAUUUAGGUAGUGCUUUAAAUGUGCCAAAUGUCCCAGGCCCCUUGACAUGUUUAUUUGAAUCUCACAGCAAUCCUUUGAAGUAGGUACAGUUAUCCUAUUUGUCAGCUGAAACAAUAGGGGCACAGCAAAGUCAUUUUCUUGCCCAAGAUUGUGACACAGGUAAUAAAGAGGCAGCCUAGCUCUUGUCAGUGUAGCUUCUCUGGGAAGUUUUACUUUUUACUUCAGAGAGAGCUCUCACCAUGUAUACAAUGUUUACAGCUGUAAAAGAUCCUGUUUUUUUAAUUUCAAAGUGGCUUAAAAUUGCAAUGGCUCUGAGCUGCAGAAACAGUGUUGGAUUUUCCAAAUAGAAGAGGUUGAUGAUGAAAUGGUCAAAGGGAUUCAAGAGGAGGAAAGAGAAACUAAAUUGAGUCUCAAGGGAUUUUAACUUUUUAUAUCGGUUGUACUUUAGAUAAUGAUUUACCAGGAUCCAGAAUAAUGACUUUUCCUGCUAAUUUAGUGUCAAAACUAAUACCAAAUAUCAGGAGUGAUUGCAAAUAUUUGUAAUCCCAGCACCCUGGAAUGCUGAGUCAGGAGGAUCACAAACUGGCCAAAUUAGUGACUUAGGGACACCAUAUCUCAAAACGUAAAAAAGUGACUAAAAAUAUAACUCAGUGCAAAGGCUCUGGAUUCAGACCCUGGUACUAUAAAAUAAGCAAACAAAAACCCACCUUAUCCCAAAUAAGAUACUACUGAAUGACAUUUGAUACUUACCGCUUUUUGUUUUAAAAUAUUUACUAGAUUUAAAAUUCUAAUAGCAAAAAUUUCUUGUGAUAUGCGUGUUCCUGGUGGCUUCUCACAUACCUCUGUCCGUUUGCUUUGUCCUUCAUGGAAUUCUGAUCCACCUUUUCAGCUUGUGUUGAACAAUAAGGAGUCCUAUUGGGGUCAGGAGGCCUUUCCUAGCCAAGUAAUAUUUUUUGGUGGGAGAAAAAUGUAAAAUUAUGCAUUACUUUGGUGACAGACUUGGAUUAGUCACUUUGAAGCCAUGUGGACUUAGAUGAGGGCCUACAAACAAUAUGCAGCAAGAUGAAGAAAAAUGAUAUUCUCCAAAAGCCCAAUUAUGUAUCCCUUUUGUUGUGAGCUUACUGUUCCUUUGAAGGUAUGGGGCAUCAACAACCACUGAACCUAGAUGACUUCACAGAUAGGGGAGUAGACACAUCACCACACCUGUUGUCCAGGAAUCAGGGGGAAGUGCCCUUGAGUGAAUCACGGGCCACAGACCUGGUUAGCAGCCAGGGUGGAUGCAAACUUUGCAGGCCUCUUACCUUGGAAACAGCACAGUUGGCUUCCAUGUCAUCUUUGAAUAUGAGAGAUAAUCCUAGUUUCAGCAUAUCCUCAGUAGAGACCAACAGACCAGGUUUAUUCCUUCAAGAAGUCUCCCCAAACGGCAACCAUUUGCAGAAGUAAAUAAUACCUGAGGAAACAUCACAGCUUUCCCAGAUUGGGAGAAAAAAUAUGGAAUGUGUUUUACUGCUGACUGAACACAACCAAAUGAACUGUCCUGACAGUAGUUUGAAAGCCAGCAGUUAGCAGUUUGUUCAGGCGCUGACACUGUCCAGCACUUUCCAGAGCAAGCUCACUGUUUACAAGAACUCUCAGCCUUACAAAGCUUAUAACCUCAAGCUUUGUUUAUUUAAAAUAUUCUGCGAAAGAAAAGUACCCAGAGCCUGUUUUCCAAAAUGGCCAUGGAAGAAUAUUUGUGGAUGGUCAUUUUGGGUUUUAUUAUAGCUUUCAUCCUGGCAUUUUCUGUUGGUGCAAAUGAUGUGGCCAAUUCAUUUGGAACCGCUGUGGGCUCUGGUGUGGUAACCUUGAGGCAGGCAUGCAUUUUGGCUUCAAUAUUUGAAACCACUGGCUCUGUGUUGUUGGGAGCCAAAGUAGGAGAGACUAUACGGAAAGGUAUUAUUGACGUGAACCUGUACAACGAGACCGUGGACACGCUGAUGGCUGGGGAAGUUAGCGCCAUGGUUGGCUCAGCUGUUUGGCAGCUGAUCGCAUCUUUCCUGAGACUCCCAAUCUCAGGAACUCAUUGCAUUGUUGGUUCUACUAUAGGAUUCUCACUUGUUGCAAUUGGUACAAAAGGUGUGCAGUGGAUGGAGCUUGUCAAGAUUGGCAGAAGAGAAAUUUAUUUGAUUGAAUUCAGUCUAAAGUUCAGAGAAAGACCAAGCCCAAUUGCUUCUUGGUUUAUAUCUCCACUGUUGUCUGGUUUCAUGUCUGGCGUGCUGUUUAUACUGAUCAGAAUGUUCAUCUUAAAAAAGGAGGAUCCCGUUCCCAAUGGCCUCCGGGCACUUCCUCUCUUCUAUGCUGCUACCAUAGCAAUAAAUGUCUUUUCCAUCAUGUACACAGGAGCACCAGUGCUGGGCCUGGUGCUCCCAAUGUGGGCCAUCGCGCUCAUUUCCUUUGGUGUCGCUCUGCUCUUCGCCUUUUUCGUGUGGCUCUUUGUCUGUCCAUGGAUGCGGAGGAAAAUAGCAGGCAAAUUACAAAAGGAAAGUGCGUUAUCACGAGCCUCUGACGAAAGCCUUGGUGAAGUCCAGGAGGGGGGGUCCCCAGUCUUCACAGAGCUCCCAGGCGCCAGGACCAGCGAUGACAGCACCGUCCCUCUCACUGGGCCGCCUGGGGAGAUGGCAGCAGCGUCAGUGGCCUCGGAAGGCCCCUCCACAGGGAGCCACCCCCGGGCCACCUAUGGAAGGGCCCUUUCCAUGACUCACAGCUCUGCAAAGUCACCGGUCUCCAAUGGCACCUUUGGCUUUGAGGGCCACACAAGGAGUGAUGGUCACGUGUACCACACCGUACACAAGGACUCGGGACUCUACAAAGACUUGCUGCACAAAAUCCACAUAGACAGGGGCCCUGAGGAGAAGCCAGCGCAGGAGAACAGCUACAGGCUGCUGCGGCGGAACAACAGUUACACCUGCUACACGGCAGCCAUCUGUGGCCUGCCUGUCCACCCCACUUUCAAGGCCGCUGACAUGUCCUCAGCCCCUGAGGACAGUGAGAAGCUGGUGGGGGAUACUGUGUCCUACUCUAAAAAGAGACUUCGCUAUGACAGCUACUCCAGCUAUUGUAAUGCAGUAGCAGAAGCAGAGAUCGAGGCAGAAGAGGGUGGUGUGGAAAUGAAGCUGGCGUCUGAGCUUGCAGAUCCAGGCCAGCCUCGAGAGGAUCCUGUGGAAGAAGAAAAGGAAGAGAAGGAUGCAGCUGAGGUCCACCUUCUGUUCCAUUUUCUGCAGGUCCUCACUGCCUGCUUUGGGUCCUUCGCUCAUGGCGGCAAUGAUGUGAGUAAUGCCAUUGGGCCCCUGGUAGCUUUGUGGCUGAUUUACAAGCAAGGUGGAGUAAUGCAGGAAGCAGCCACACCCGUCUGGCUGCUGUUCUAUGGAGGAGUUGGCAUCUGCAUGGGUCUUUGGGUUUGGGGGAGAAGAGUGAUCCAGACCAUGGGGAAGGAUCUCACCCCCAUCACCCCAUCCAGUGGUUUCACGAUUGAGCUUGCCUCAGCCUUCACAGUGGUCAUCGCCUCCAACAUUGGGCUGCCUGUCAGCACCACGCACUGCAAGGUAGGUUCAGUGGUGGCUGUGGGCUGGAUCCGCUCCCGGAAGGCUGUGGACUGGCGCCUCUUCCGGAAUAUCUUUGUGGCUUGGUUUGUGACUGUCCCAGUGGCCGGGCUAUUCAGUGCUGCUAUCAUGGCUCUCCUCAUGUAUGGGAUCCUUCCAUACGUGUGACUUGCCUUCUUCCAACCAGUAAACUGCUGAAGGGACAGUCCAUGUGGGUAUGGAAGACAUGCUCCCCGUGUCACAUGCACACAGGCUGUCCCCAGCCACCUCUCCAUAUCCCCAUCAGACGGUUCCACACCACACCGCUCACCAGGCUGCAGUGCUGCAUCCUCCAGAGCCGACUUAACUACUGUACAUAGUAAUGUGUAUUAAACUGGUAUUGUGGUGAUACAGGUGGUGCAGUUACUUAUAUAUUAAAUAUACAUUGUAUACAUAGAAUAGGUAGCAUUUCAAACAUAUUAAAAAUGGGAGUGGAGAUUAUUGCCUAGAAUUCAGUAUUAAUAAAUCAUGUACAUAAUGAUUUAAGUGGCAAAUGUUAAGAAAUUUACAAAGGAAAGGUUUUUUUCCAAGUAUCUUCCCCUUUUAAUAUACUAUACGAUAAGUCAGAUCACAACACAAACUUGGGCAAAUGUAUGCAGGCGCAACUGAUAAUCCUGGGACGAGGUCACAAGUGCUUUCACUGAGAAUGUGUUCAUGUGCUAUGUAUCAAUUAUUGUUUAAAUAUCAUAAUUGCUUUUGUAAAUACAGUACUUAAAAUGGUAAUUUUUUAAUGGUGUGCUUCCCUUACACUUUUUAGAGCAGAGAAUUUUGGAAAGUACCAAAGAAGCAGGGGAAUGGUUUGCCAGUAUUAUGUUUCCCUUUGUCUGCCUCCCUUCUCAUGCUUAUGUCCACUGCCUGCAAUGGCAGAGACCAACCAGGCUGCAGCUCACACCAGAGCAGGAUGUGUAAUUGAGCACCAGCCUUUCGUCAUAUCUGUGUUGCGCUUGAGUCCUCCCGCCCCACAGCAGCACCACUGCUGCCACAUACCAGGUCCUCCUCAGCCCCGAGUGGCCUUUCAUUUUCACCAGCAUGGAGAAUGUACAUGUAAGGACGUGUCACUAAGCACUACAUAUCAAGUCCAGUUCAAGUUUCCACCCAUUCUCCCCUGCAGCCUGAAACACAGAAUUCCUGUCUCAGACAUUAAGGCCAAUGAGGCUUUUGAUGUGCUUGAUAUUUUAGAAAUCUGGGAGCUCAGGGAGCUGAGAUAUUGGAGGGUUUCCUUGAGGCCUUUACAUCCUGACACUCUCUUAUAGUCUACUGGAUUGUCUUCUCUUUUGAUAGUAAGAGGGAAGAAGUCUGACUAAUGUUAGAGCCUGAAACUAUGGAAAUGCUGCUAAAAUUUUUAUAUUGACAAACAUUUUCUCGGUACUUCAUUGUGAUUUUUCAUUAAUUAACCACAUUAAAUUUAUAAUAAAAAAUGCCCCUCAAAAGUU